UCUCUAGAUCUAUUGUAACUCUGCGUGAAGCAUAUCUUUGACGCAGAUUUUCGAGCUCAGCCAGACUGUUUCGUAGCCGACAGUUUUCUCAUUAUUUUGUGGUUUUGAUUUCAUCAGUAAGGAGUCAUCAUGGCGCGCAGACAUGAAAGGCGUGAAGCCCGUGCUGAGAUGCGUGAAGCCCGUCUCGAGACUAAAGCCGCGCAUGCUGCCAUGCAUGGAAAUGUCGUUAGGGCCACUAGGCUUCAGAUGAAAGCAAACAUUGCCCAUAAUAAAGCAGAACGUGAACACCAUAUUGCCAACGCCUUGAGUCAUCAUCAUCAUCAUCAUCACCCUCCACCGGCCACAGUGGUGGUCCAUCACGUUGUCGAUCACACUCCUCCUGUGAACUACCAGGUUGGCUCAGUUGCCCCACCGCCAGCUCAGCCACCACCAGCUUAUCAACCUGCUGCCAACCCAUACCCAGCAGCACCCAGCUACCCAGCUGCACCCAGCUACCCAACAGCACCCAGUUACCCAGCAGAACCCAGUUACCCAGCAGCACCCACCGGGUACCCAACUCAGCCAGCAUACCCAGCUGCACCGACUGACCCUGCUUACCCUGGAGACACUAAAUACCCAAACCCCUAUCAGUAAAGUCAGUAGCCCAGUGCCAGUAAGCUGCAUUUUCCCAAUUACCCAGCAGCGCCCACCAGGUACCCAGCUGCACCCAGUAACCCAGCACAGCCAGCAUACCCACGCAUGCAGGCUUACCCAUCAAAACCCACUGCAUGCCCAAACCUCUACAUGUUACACCCUUUUAAGAUUGGCAUUCCAGAGUCACUUUGAAAGAAAUUAUACCGAAGAAUUGACUUUUAACCACAUGUACCUGAAUAAUUUAAGAGACCAGGUGAAAAGAUCGGCUGUUGCAGUCAAGUUUUGGUGACCAGUUGGUCAACUAACUGAGAAUGAUCUGAAUUCUGCAUCCAUUUUCUGGUCUUUUGAUUUUCGUUUUAAGAAAAAAAAUACUGAAAUAGUUGUUCACGUUUCCCCCUUUGUGUUUCAAGGCGGAAAUGGUUUAUAUAUAUAUAUAUAGCUCAGUAAAUGAAGUGUAGAUGUAAAAGUGGUUCACUUUUCUUUCGUUUUAUUCCACAAAAAGAAGGUACAUGUUUUUUUGAAAUUACUUGUAAGAGUUAAAAACACGCUGCAGUGAUAUUUUUUUAUCGAAUUAUAUUUUCUCUUUUAGGUAAAACAUUAAAAAAUUGCAUCAUUGUAUGAACUAUUUAGAAAUACACAAGUUUAUUCGAUAGUAGCAUAUAAUUGUUUUACUAAAGUAUUUGUGACUUUUAAAUCAUGCUUAAAAUAGUUAAAUGUUGGUGAAUGAUUUGUAUUCUUUUGGUCAAUGUCUUCAAAAGAGAAUAAGUUUUGUAUUUCUAACGCUUUAAUAAUUGAUGAAAUUUUACAUUUUUCUCUGCGCUUCAUGCUACGAUUUUGGUUUUAUUUUGUGAAAUGGAGGCCAUUCAAAGAGCUUUAAUAUGCUGUACAACUUGGCUUUGUAGGUGCUAUAGAUUUUGAGAUAAAUAUUUAAACUAAGGAGGGCAUGUUAAUUAGUCAAAAGUUCGUUGACCCGUAUCUCAAAAACUAACGAGCCAAUUUACAACCAAAAAAAAUCAGUUUGGGGGGUUUCUCAUAUAGGCCAAUCAUCACACCAAAUAUUCACUCUGUGAGGGUCGGGUCCAAAAUCAUGUUGAAUUGACACGGAAUGACCCGUAAAUGUUGUAUAUAAUAAAACAAUGUUGAUUACAAAAUAUAAAUUGGUAAAAAAUAUGUACAUGUAGGUACCAAAUGAAAAUAUUUUUUUUUGUUAAUAAUUGUGAAAACUUUGAAUAUAUAUAUAGAUAUUGAUCAGUAUGUGUCAUAUUUCAAUAUAGGAAUCUAUAUUUUAACCUUGUGAUUUGUAGGAAAUCCCGGCUAAAGACAUUAGUUAUAUUUUCUAUUGUUUGUGACUGAAAUAUUGUACUGCUCUAUACACAAAUACUUGAACUAAAUUGAAUACAUUAAGCCUUAUUAAAACAAAAGCAGUCGGGUAAACUUUGCGUAUUAAUCACA